AUGGCGCCAAUCGACCCUCACUCGUUUACCGAGUCGACUCACCCACUCGCCACCCACAUCUCACUCUCUCUCUUCUUCGACUUCCCCUCCUCCACCAUCCACGCCUCCGCCCUCCUCACCCUCCCGGCCCCACACUCUGGACCACUCUCCCUCGACGCGCGUGCACUCACCGUCCACUCCGUCCUCGACCCCCAAUCUUCUGCUCCCCUCCCUUUCUCCCUCUCCUCUCCUGACCCAAUCAAAGGCUGCCACCUCACCGUCUCCCUCUCCAACCACUCCUCUUUUCUCAUCGUCUACUCCACUUCCCCUUCCUCCUCCGCCCUCCAGUGGCUCUCUCCUCCCCAGACCUUCAACAAAACGCUGCCGUUUGUCUACACACAAUGCCAGGCCAUCCACGCGCGCUCCGUCUUCCCAUGCCAGGACACUCCGGCGGCGCGUGUGCGCUACGCGGCAAAGCUUAACGUCCCCCGCCAGCUCUCUGCCGUCAUGUCCGCUCGCCACGUGGACCGCCGUGACCCGAUCGCCGGCGAGGGAGCCGCGCUGUUCUCCGCCGACGCACUGUGGUGCGCCGAGGGGAGAGUCGUCGAGGAGUUCGUGAUGGAGCAACCAAUCCCGCCGUACCUGUUCGCCUUCGCCGUCGGCGAGCUAGGGUUCCGGGAGGUGGGACCGAGAACUAGGGUUUAUUCGGAGGCGGUUCCGGCGGUGCUGGAAUCGGCGGCGACUGAGUUUGCGAGCACCGAGGACAUGAUCAGGCAAGGGGAGGCCUUGUUUGGGCCAUAUGAGUGGGAAAGGUUCGAUCUCUUGGUGCUUCCGCCGAGCUUUCCGUACGGUGGUAUGGAGAAUCCAAGAAUGACGUUCUUGACGCCGACGGUGCUCAAAGGCGACUCGAGCGGCGCGCAGGUGGUGGCGCACGAGCUGGCGCAUAGCUGGACUGGGAACUUGAUCACCAACAAGACUAAUGAGCAUUUUUGGUUGAAUGAGGGUUUCACGACAUAUGCUGAGAGGAGAAUUGUUGAGGCUGUGCAAGGUGAGGACAGAGCUGCAUUAAACAUUGGAAUUGGUUGGCGGGGUUUAAAUAAGGAAAUGGAGAGGUUCAAGGAUAACUUGGAGGUCACAAAGCUGAAAACCAACCAGGAAGGAGUUGACCCAGAUGAUGUGUAUUCUGAAGUUCCAUAUGAAAAAGGUUUCCAGUUUCUAUGGCGCAUUGAACGCCAGGUAGGUUGA